AUGACUACAUUGUCGGAGGAAGAAAAAGAGCAUGUAAUGGCUGCAUUUGGGUCACUACCAACAUCUACCAUUGAUGAAGCACUUGACAAUUUCCAUAAAGCGGAGGAAUUAAAUCCAGGACACAUCGACAAUCUUAUAUAUCUCGGCAAAUGUUACACUGCCAAAGGCAAUUAUUCGGAAGCGCAAAAGUACUUGAUGCUUGUACUUGAAAUAACGCCCAUUGAUGAAAUGGAUGAAGCACAGAUGGCUGAGGCGCAGGAACUCUUGGUCGAUAUUAAGAACCGAAAAGGGAAAAGUAACGGAAAAACUGACGAGGUGGAUACGGAUUUGGAAAAAACAGAAAAUAGCAUUGAAUCAGCCAGUAGUUAUUCCGAGAAGUCGAAUGUCACCAGUUGA